UGAUUUGUUGACUAUUAGUGUCUAUGACUCCAAGACAGAAGGAAAAGGAAACAAAGAGGAAAUUAGAAAAAGCAGCAUGUUAUGUUUGUGUUUGUUCUCAUCUUCUUCUCUCUCCAAAUGGUGAAUGCAGAAACAUCCGAGCAGCCAUGGCGGCCAGAAUCCGGCAAGCACUUUGUGCUAAUUCAUGGGGCAUGCCUUGGUGCAUGGUCUUGGUACAAGCAAGUGCAACUUCUAAAAUCGGCAGGCCACAAUGUCACAGCUCUUGAUUUGGCUGCUUCCGGGGUCGAUCCGAAACAAGUCAAAGAUGUUCCUUCUAUCUCCGAUUAUUUUCAGCCAUUGAUGGACUUCCUGGUCUCUCUUCCUUCACAUGAGAGAGUCAUCUUGGUAGGUCACAGCCUUGGAGGCUUGGCUAUUUCUCAUGCCAUGGAAAGAUUUCCAGAGAAAAUUUUUGUUGCUGUUUUUGUCAGUGCCUUGAUGCCUGGUCCAACCCUCAACAUAUCUACCCUCAAUCAAGAGGAUUUGGCACUGGCAAUGUUGCUGCUUAGGCCGUUGCGUUUGUACAGCGAUGAAGACAUGUCAAAGGUGCUGAUGAUGUCGAGCAAGAGAUAUGGUUCGGUUGACCGAGUUUUCGCAAUUUGUGAUGAAGACAAGCUAGUAAAGAAGGGAUUUCAACGAUGGAUGGUCGAGAAAAAUCCCCCAAUGAAGUGGUGGAGAUCACAAGAAGCGAUCACAUGGCCAUGAUGUCUAAGCCGGUUGAGCUUUCGGUUCAUCUCCGAUGCAUUGCUAACAACUAUUCUUGAUCAUCCAAUAAGUUUUCGCUGCAAGGAAAAACAUAAAUGUUUGUUUGUGUUUGUGAGAGAGAGAGAGAGUGAGAGAAUAACUUAACAAGAUGCUUGUAAUUGACCAGUCUAACCAAGCACUUCAUGCAUUCUACAAGCAUAAAUUGUGUGUGAGAGCGGGGGAGAAAUAUGCCAAACCAUGUUCUACUCUAGUAGCUAGUGGGAGGAAGAUGGCAUCAUAUGAAGGGAUUCUUAUUCUUGAUCUCACCGCUACCACCACCACCACCGUCGUCGCCCUUUCACCACCGCGGUCACCAAUGACUUUGCUACUAUCAUCAUCGUCACCCAAUAUCUAUCACCACCAUCAUCGUUGCCACCCAUGGCUAACACCACUACCAUGGUCGUUGCAUCCGUCCACCUCAACAAUCACUGUCUCCCACCACUACCACCGCUCACCCAUACUAUAACUGGUGUUUAAAUUCCUUUCUCAUUUUUCUAUAUUUGUGAU